AUGGAAAAGCACCCAGCUGGUAGCUAUAACACUUCACACGAAAAAGGGAUCAGAACAGACAGUAGCAAUUUACCCCUACAUUCUGCAAAAUUCUCCACCCCUGAGAGGAAGGGAUGUCCUUGCUAUGCUAGGAGUCAGGAUCACAAAUUUAUAAUGAGGGCCACUGCUGUACACCCUAUGCUGCUGAUAAAAUUGACUUGGAAAUCAUCAGACCCCAUAUGGGUCGAGCAGUGGCCCCUGUCAGAGCCUCGAGUGGCAGCCUUAUUGGAACUGGUCGAACGCGAACUGCAAAAAGGUCACAUAGAACCCUCCAUUAGCCCAUGGAAUACCCCUGUGUUUGUAAUCCCUAAAAGGUCUGGAGAAGGUUAUCGCCUCGUCCACGACCUGAGAGAAGUGAACAAAACAAUCCGACCCAUGGGCCCAGUUCAGACACUGCUACCCAUGAACUCAGCCAUCCCUGAAGGACAGCCAUGCGCAGUGCUGGACAUUAAAGACUGUUUCUUUUCAAUACCCCUGCAUCCUGAGGACAGAGAACGAUUCGCCUUUUCCAUUGUGUUCCCAAAUGGCAAGCGGCCCAACCUUCGUUUCCAGUGGAAAGUAUUACCCCAAGGUAUGGUAGACAGCCCAACCAUCUGCCAGAUCAUUGUGGACAGAGCACUGACGCCAGUCCGACACUCCUACCCCGCCGCAACCAUCAUUCAAUACAUGGACGACAUCCUAGUCGCAGCACCAUCGGCGAGCCAAGUGGAUCACCUGGUGUCCACGAUCACGGAGAUCCUCCAGGCCAACGGCUUCGAGAUCGCGAGCGCAAAGAUCAAGAGAGGACCCUGUGUGACCUUCCUGGGAGUGGGGAUCACAAGCUCCUACGUGACACCUCCCAAGGUGAAGGUCCACCGAGACGUCAAGACGCUCCAUGACGUGCAACGCCUGGUGGGAUCACUGCAGUGGCUUCGCAACAUCGUCCUGAUUCCUCCCGAGGUCAUGGACCCUUUAUAUGGCCUCUUGAAAGGAAAGCACCCCUGGGAACCCAAGGAGCUGACACCGCAAGCAACGAGCUCCCUCGACUUCAUCGAACAGCAGAUGUCCACUGGCACACUUGCCAGGUGGAACCCAGCCAUGCCCCUGGACCUAUACGUGCACUUCACGCCAAAGGGGGGAGUGGGAGCACUGGCCCAAGGACCUUCCGAAAAGUCCCGACCAAUCCAGUGGGUGGUCCUUGGAAGACCUGCUCGUGCAUUUUCCCCAGGUGCCGUGCUGCUGUCCGAGUCUCUCUACUCCCCCAGGAAAAUCUCCUACUCCGCCAGACCACCUUGGACUCAGUUGCUGACCAUUGUCGACAUAGACAUGCCGCCAAAGGUCACGGACCGACCGCAGCCAGGACCGACAGUCUUCACAGAUGCUUCCUCCACGACUUCUACCGGCACCAUAUCCGUCAUUCACGUCAACAGCCACAACCCAGUCAAAGGUUACUUCCAGUCCGGCAACGACAAAGCGGACGCUGCAGCAAAAGGCGUCUGGACGUUGCAGGAAGCUCGUCAACUACACAAGUCACUCCACAUCGGAGCCAAAGCACUGGCAAAGAGAUGCGGGAUCUCGACAGCGGAUGCAAAACAUGUAGUGGCUACCUGUCCUCACUGCCAGAAGUCACCCCUGUGGACCAAGGAAAGUGACAGACCACCAAGCCGUCAGACAGCACCCGAGAGACCCACAUGGGGAAACUUCUAUCGAAACAGCCAUAAAAUCCCUAAAAUUCAGAAAUGCACUCACUACAACAUGACAGUUUUGCAGCCAAAUCACCCUAGUUGGACCGUGGGCAAAGCAUGGACAGUAGUCCUUCAAGGGUCGAAAGAGUGGGUGAACGUGCGAAUUACCAGGCUCCAACCAUCGGCACCCCGAGCAGUUGGACCCAACAAGGUGAUUAAAAGCACGCAGAAAGGGAGAAACACGACCUACCCCAAAGCCUUGCCCACAAAGGUCACCGAUGUCCCAACCGGCGAUGUGGAAGCCUUCCACCUACAGAUGACCAUCGACGAGGACUUGCAGAGGAUUGAAAAAUCCAUUUCCUUUCUAGAGAAGUCAGUCUCCUCACUCUCAGAAGUGGUCUUGCAGAACAGGCGAGGACUGGACCUCCUGUUCAUGCAGCAAGGAGGCCUGUGUGCCGCCUUGAAAGAGGAAUGCUGCUUCUACGCAGACCACACUGGAGUCGUCAGAGACUCCAUGGCAGAACUCCGAAACAGACUGGCUCAGAGACAGAAAGACAGGGAAGCUCAGCAGGGCUGGUUCGAAUCCUGGUUCAACCGAUCACCAUGGUCGACCACCCUAAUUUCUACUUUG